GCCGACGCGAUUGCUGCCAAUUGCCCGAGUCCUUCGCUUUUAGAAUCAAGUAACGUUUCAGGAAUUCAUUCGCAAGACUCGUGGCCACGGAAGGCCGGUCUGGCGGAUACGUCGGGUUGAACGGGCUCUGCCCGCAGCUCUCUCAAAAUGCCGAAAGGUAGCAGCGACAAGGCGGUCAACAGAUCGAGAUGGGCUACUCGGAAACUUACUGUCAAGAGCAGCGGUCUCAAGAGGCUGUCUCUCAGAGACAGGAUACAGCAUAAGCGAACCAUAUCGAUAGAGAAGAAACGUCAUUCUGGUGGCAGCCAGUCAACAAGUGACGAUCAUGCUACAUACGACAGCGCGUCUGCGACCAAGCAGAAUGAACCAGGGGAUUCGAAGAGUACCACAUCUGUUGAGGAGGAAGAUGACGGGGGGAGGAUAGUCUUCUUCAAUCUACCCUUACCUGACGAGAUGAAGGAUGAGGACGGCAACCCCAUUCAAUCAUAUGCUCGAAACAAGAUUCGGACGGCCAAGUACACACCAUUAUCUUUCAUCCCUAAGAACCUGUGGUUCCAAUUCCACAACAUUGCCAACAUCUUCUUCCUUUUCAUGGUCAUUCUUAUUAUCUUCCCUAUCUUUGGAGGUACUAACCCAGGACUUAAUGCGGUACCUUUAAUAUUUAUUCUUGCCGUGACGGCCAUUAAGGACGCAAUCGAAGAUUAUCGCAGGACGAUUCUUGACAUUGAAUUAAACAACGCGCCAGUACAUCGUCUCGUAGGAUGGAACAAUGUCAAUGUCACCGAAGAUAACGUUUCGCUGUGGCGUAGGAUCAAGAAAGCCACCUCGAGGUACCUGGGAACCGGUUGGCGCGCUUUUCAGGGUUUGUGGAAGGACAAAACAGAUGGAGUGCUCAAAGAUUCAUCAGAUCCACGUCCUUCUGUUGAAACCAAGGCUACGCGUCGCGAUUCCACCAUGUUAUCUCCCCACACCGAUAGAACAUCAUACCUGUCUGCGUACGAAGACAUUCCGAUGACACCGGUCACGUCGCCUCUUCCGCCUCAAUCAGCCAGGAACAACUUACUGGAGAUCCCAGAACGCCCGACCUCCGAAACAUCCUAUAUGCCAAACGAGACCGAGACGUUAGCUAGAGUGAAAGGGGACCUCAUUAACUACGACAUUAAGCCCGGUCAAGCCCGGUUUCACAAGGAUCAUUGGAAGAAUCUACAGGUUGGCGAUUUCGUGCGACUCUAUAAUGACGAUGAACUUCCUGCAGAUAUCAUUGUUCUAGCUACUUCUGAUUCCGACGGCGCAUGCUACGUGGAAACCAAGAAUCUGGAUGGAGAAACAAACUUGAAAGUUCGACAAGCGCUUCGCUGUGGACGAACUUUGAAGCACGCGAGGGACUGCGAGCGUGCCCAAUUUUUGAUUGAGAGCGAACCACCCCAGCCUAACCUCUACAAGUAUAACGGUGCCAUCAAAUGGGAACAGAUGAUGGCAAAUGGCCCAAGAGAAAUGUCGGAGCCGAUAACCAUUGACAAUAUGCUGCUCAGAGGCUGCAACUUGAGGAAUACUGAGUGGGUUCUCGGAGUCGUCAUGUUUACCGGUCACGACACGAAAAUUAUGAUGAAUGCAGGUGUCACGCCAAGUAAACGUGCCCGCAUCGCCCGAGAGCUGAACUUCAACGUCAUCUGUAAUUUUGGUAUUCUCGGCGCAUUGUGUCUUUUGUGUGCCAUUGUUAAUGGAGUGUCGUGGGGUAAAAGCGACGCCUCGACUGCUUGGUUCGAUUACGGUUCCGUUGGUGGUACCCCUGGUAUGACCGGGUUUAUUACAUUCUGGGCAGCGCUUAUCGUCUUCCAAAAUUUCGUUCCGAUCUCCCUUUAUAUCUCGCUCGAAAUCGUGCGUACUCUACAGGCUAUUUUCAUAUAUAGCGAUGUUGAGAUGUACUACGACAAAAUCGACUAUCCGUGCGUACCAAAGUCAUGGAACAUAUCCGACGAUGUGGGUCAGAUUGAAUAUAUCUUUUCGGAUAAGACGGGAACUCUUACCCAAAACGUCAUGGAAUUCAAGAAGGCUACUAUCAAUGGUCAGCCGUACGGAGAAGCGUACACCGAAGCCCAGGCAGGUAUGCAGAAGCGUCUGGGUAUCGAUGUGGUAAAAGAAGCCGCUAGAGCCAGAGAACAGAUUGCCCAGGACAAAAUUCGCGCAGUGGAGGGGCUUCGAAAGAUUCACGAUAACCCAUAUCUUCACGAAGAAGACAUGACCUUCAUCGCCCCAGACUUUGUUGACGACUUGCGUGGGGAAUCCGGCGAGGAACAGAAGCAUGCUAAUGCGCACUUUAUGCUUGCAUUGGCGCUUUGCCAUACCGUUAUAGCGGACCAUAUUCCCGGUGACCCCCCUAAGAUUGAAUUCAAAGCUCAAUCUCCAGAUGAAGCAGCACUCGUGGCAACUGCUCGGGAUAUGGGUUUCACUGUACUCGGUAAUACAACAGAGGGUAUCAGAGUGAAUGUUAUGGGCGAGGAGAUACACUACCAGAUUCUCAACACAAUCGAAUUUAAUUCCACUCGAAAGCGAAUGAGCGCUAUCGUAAAAAUGCCCGACGGUCGCAUCAUCUUGUUCUGCAAGGGCGCGGACAGCAUCAUCUACUCCCGUCUUAAGCGCGGUGAACAAGCAGAGCUUCGGAAGACAACUGCUGAACACCUUGAGAUGUUCGCUCGAGAAGGUCUUCGAACCUUAUGCAUAGCCGAACGCGUACUUUCUGAGCAGGAAUAUCUCGAAUGGCGCAAGGAGCACGACAAGGCUGCUACUGCAAUGCAUGAAAGAGAGGAGAGACUGGAAGAGGUCGCCGACAAGAUCGAACAAGAACUGACUCUUCUCGGUGGAACGGCAAUCGAAGAUCGACUUCAAGACGGUGUACCUGACACGAUCGAAUUACUUAGCCGGGCGGGUAUUAAGCUAUGGGUGCUCACUGGAGACAAGGUCGAAACCGCCAUCAAUAUUGGUUUCUCAUGCAAUUUACUAAAUAACGAUAUGGAACUCAUUAAUCUUAAGGUGGAAGAAGAUGAAACCGGCUCGACGCCCGACGACUUAUUCGUAAACGAGAUUGGACAAGUACUAGACGAAAAGCUGAGGAUGUUUGGUAUCACUGGUGACGACGAAGAUUUGGCCCAUGCCAGGAAAAAUCAUGAGCCGCCAGCGCCAACCCAUGCUCUGGUCAUCGAUGGCUUCACCUUGAGGUGGGUACUUGACGAGACCUUGAAACAAAAAUUUCUUCUUCUCUGCAAACAGUGCGCAUCCGUUCUGUGUUGCCGUGUCAGCCCUGCGCAAAAGGCUGCAGUUGUAUCUAUGGUUAAAAAUGGUCUCGAUGUUAUGACACUCUCCAUCGGAGAUGGUGCCAACGACGUUGCGAUGAUUCAGGAAGCCGACGUUGGCGUGGGUAUUGCCGGUGUUGAAGGCCGUCAAGCCACCAUGUCUGCCGAUUAUGCCAUUGGUCAGUUCCGGUUCCUCCAACGGUUAGUUUUGGUUCACGGCCGCUGGUCAUACAGGAGAAUGGCGGAAGCAAUCGCCAACUUCUUUUACAAGAACAUGGUUUGGAACUUGACCAUUCUUUGGUUUCAGUGUUUCUGCAAUUUUGACAUUACUUAUCUCUUCGAGUACACUUACAUCCUUCUGUUCAACCUUAUCUUCACUUCUGUGCCGCCCAUUGUCAUCGGUGUCCUCGAUCAGGACGUUUCUGAUGCAGUCUCAUUAGCUGUUCCUCAGCUAUAUCGACGUGGUAUUGAGCGGCGUGAAUGGACUCAACAUAAGUUUUGGUUUUAUAUGUUGGAUGGUGCAUACCAAAGUGUAAUAUGCUUUUUCGUUCCAUACUUGGCCUUCGCGGCUACGUCGUCCGUUGCCAGCAAUGGACUCGACGUGUCGGAUCGGUACCGGAUCGGUGCUUACGUUGCGCACCCAGCCAUCAUUACCAUCAACCUCUACAUUCUCAUCAACACAUAUCGGUGGGACUGGCUUACGCUCCUUAUUAUCAUUCUUAGUGAUCUUGUUGUCUUCUUUUGGACUGGUGUCUAUACCUCGUCAACGUAUGCCGGUACACUUUAUAAAGGAGCUCCACAGAUUUACGGCGAAGUCUCGUUUUGGGCGGUUUUAAUUGCGACUCCAAUUCUUGCCCUAGCUCCUCGAUAUGCUAUCAAGGCUUUACGCAAAGUCUACUGGCCCCGAGAUGUAGAUAUCAUUCGGGAACAGGUUACCAUAGGAAAAUUCGACAAUUUAGAAAAGGAGAGCCCGAGCGAAAUCCUGGCCAAGUCUAGUUCGUCUGGAUCGUCACAGUCCUCCAAGCGCCGGCGACACCAGCAAUUCGCCAGUGUGGACGAAGACUUGAAACCUAUUUAUCCACCUUCUAUUGCGACUCAGUCUGUUGCUGGUCAUAAUUCUCGCAGUCAGAAUGGCAGCGACGGCACUAAUUACACUAGGCACGAGCCUUCGAUAGAUGUUCCUCCUGUUGCUCAACCCGUCGACCCGCCUCCCGAACCUGCGGUACGCCCAUCCUACGAUCGCGUUCGUCCCUCUUACGACCGUAUGCGAGCCUCGAUGGACCGAGUUCGGCAGAGUUACGAGAUGUCUAAUGACUUCACUUCGGCUGCCAUGUUGAGCCGACUCGAGUCGACUCGUUCCGGCGUCAAUCAACCAGAAGAUGGUAAUGGGAUUGUCAGCCGAAUAAGAAGGCGGACCCGGGGUAAAUCCUUCAAGUCUGCAUUCACUCACCACAAAGACAAUCACAUCCAUGAGCAUGAAUAAAGAACACUCACGACCUCUCCCGCAAUAACCCCUGUAAAAAUAGUGUGAUGCUGGGACUUUAGCUUGUAUUCCUUACGAUGUGAUAUCCGGAGCGCUAGGUGCUUGAGUAUGAUCUCGGACGAACUAUUCACGAUACCACUAUGGUUUCCUCAGCUAGACCAGCGAACUAACCAUUCUGAAUGGUCUUUCUUUCUUUUUUUUUUUUUCCCCUUUUUUGCUCAUUUC